ACAGCUUCAGAAUCAGACACUCAUAAGGCACUUUCACUGCCAUUUGCCAAGCCGAAACUGUUUUUCAAAUCCUUCGAAAGCCUUACAUAUUAGCCAUUGUUUUCUCUCUCUCUCCCUCCGUCGGCCAUGGCAAUCACUGUGAGAAAAUUAGCCAACUUGGGCUCCUCCACUUCACUUUCUUACCUCAUGUCCAAGAAGCACAAGGCGUAUAUACAAGGCCUUCGUGAUUUAUCUCCGUGGAUUGGUAGUAGUCUUCGGGAUUUCUCCGUGGGCGCUGGCCAAACUGGGUCUAGUGCUUCCUUUGAUACGUCUGAGGAUGGUGCUGGACUAAGCCCCAUAGAAUUUCAGAGAUGGCAUAAUGGAGAUGGGAUUUUCCACAAGUCAGCUUCCAUUGAUCCAACAGCGCUCAUAGAGACCAGUGCUGUAGUUCAUCCAAAAUCCGUUGUCGGCGCAUAUGUUCAUAUUGGAUCAGGAACUGUUUUUGGACCUUCUGUGCUACUCGGCCAAUUGACAAAAAUAGGGUACAAUGUUGCACUCAGUAAUUGCGCUAUCGGUAAUUCAUGUGUAAUCCACAGUGGGGUUUGCAUUGGUCAAGAUGGUUUUGGGUUUUUCGUGGAUGAGAAAGGGAACAUGUUGAAGAAACCUCAAUUGCUGAAUGCUAUGAUUGGGAACCAUGUGGAGAUUGGUGGAAAUACAUGCAUUGACAGGGGGAGUUGGAGAGAUACAAUUAUUGGGGAUCAUUCAAAGAUAGAUAAUUUAGUUCAGAUUGGUCAUAAUGUAGUUAUUGGGAGAAGUUGCAUGCUUUGUGGACAAGUUGGGAUUGCAGGUUCAGUGACGAUAGGAGACUAUGUAACUUUGGGGGGAAGGGUAGCUGUUCGGGAUCAUGUUUCCAUUGUGUCAAAGGUCUGGCUUGCUGCUACUAUCUUUGUCACCAAGGAUAUCAAAGAACCUGGGGAUUAUGGUGGCUUUCCUGCUGUAAGGAUUGCAUUUGUGUUCUUUAUUUACAUUCUAAUCAAUAGUUUCCACAAAUGGAUGAUUGAGUCUGUUCCAAUUCAGUGGCGCAGACAAGUUGCUACCCAAUUUUGGACUUCAAAGAAAGGGAUUUAUGACGGGGUAGAUUUUGGCGAAGUUUCUUCUGCAGUAUCUAAUUUGCUAGGGGUUUCUACCAUAUAUCAGGAUAUCAAGUAUGGAUCAAAACUUUUCAUGGAGUCGCUGUGUUAG